AUGUCCUGCUACGAGCGAUGUCCCCCCACAUCCUGUGGCCCCACCCCACUGGCCAACAGCUGCAACGAGCCUUGUGUCCGGCAGUGCCAGGACUCCACUGUGGUCAUCCAGCCAUCCCCCGUGGUGGUCACCCUGCCCGGGCCCAUCCUCAGCUCCUUCCCCCAGAACACCACCGUGGGAUCCUCGGCGUCUGCGGCCGUUGGGAGCGCUCUGAGUGCUGAGGGCGUCCCCAUCAACUCUGGGGGCAGCUCCUUGGGUUUUGGGGGCUUUGGGGGUUUUGGCUCAGUUGCUGGGCUGGGCAGUGGCUACAGCCGGCCCUACCGGCGCUACAACACCUCCCGCAGCGGCUUCUACGGGCCCUGCUAA